UUCACACAUCGAUUUCUUCUCUCUCAGUACAAAAUUUUCUAUCAAAAUUAACAAGAUAAUAUUAAAAAAAGUGCAACAGACAUUAAAUCGGUUAUACUGUAACGACACUUUGUGUUUUUUAUCAUCGUAAUAUAAAGCAGAAAUACAAUGGCAUCUACAAGUACUGGCGUGACGAGUGAAGCUUCUACAAGUGCUGAACAACAAUAUCAAUGCAAAGUUUGUGAUGCCGUGUUCCAAGAUAAAUCGAUGUUAUCGGCGCAUUAUCAUAGUUCUCAUAAACACAAUAAUACAUUCCUAUGUACUAAAUGUGAUUUCACAACUGGAUAUCUUGGCAAUCUAAAGAAACAUUCAUCAAUUCAUUUAAAUGAUAUGUACUAUUGCGUGAUAUGUAGGAACCACUUUCAUACAUUUCGAGAAUUAACAGAUCAUGAAAAUGUUCAUAAAUGUAUGAUGUCGAACAUAUAUCCAUGUAACAUAUGUGCAAACACUUUUCCUUCCUUUAAUGAUUUGCGGAUUCAUCGCAUUAUAUGUCAGUUUUGUAGUCAUUCCUUUUAUACCUGCUGGAUAUGUGAUAAACAUUUUUAUACACAGCACGAAUAUAAUAUUCAUCGAGAUAGUCAUAAAUGUACGACGUAAACAAUUAUAGAUGUGAUAUAUGUGAACCUUCCAAAGAAUUUGUUCAUUUUUGUCAUCGAGAACAGCGUCAUGAAUCGAAGCAUUUAAAUAAAUCUCGCAAUGUAUGUUAGAAAGAUAAACAUAAAGUUUAUUACAGUAGUAUACUAAUAAUAACAGAAUAUGUAAGAACAGUAGAAUUAUAACAAAUACAUAUAACUUUAUAUCGAUUUAUUAAUGUUUAGUUUGAUAUUCAAUCGUAAGAAAAAUUGUAAAUUCAAAGUAAGAGUUAACACU